AUGGGUGUUGGUGGUAAUUUCUGGGAUUUGUUGAAGCCCUAUGCACGCAAUGAAGGUUUUGAUUUCUUGAGAAACAAGCGAGUUGCUGUUGACCUUUCCUUCUGGAUUGUUCAGCAUAACAAUGCCAUCAAAACGCAUGUCAAGAAGCCUCACCUCAGACUCACUUUCUUCCGUACGAUUAAUCUCUUUUCAAAGUUUGGAGCAUUUCCUGUGUUCGUUGUUGAUGGGACUCCAUCGCCGUUGAAAUCAAAGGCAAGGAGUGCUAGAUUUUUCCGUUCUUCUGGAAUUGAAUCGACUAGCUUGCCAGUUUCUGAAGGUGUUUCAGCUGAGAGGAACCAUUCAUUUUCAAGAUGUGUUCAAGAGUGUGUGGAACUUGCUGAGCUACUUGGGAUUCCUGUACUAAAAGCUAAAGGGGAGGCUGAAGCACUCUGUGCCCAAUUAAAUUGUGAAGGUUAUGUAGAUGCGUGCAUCACAUCUGAUAGUGAUGCAUUCCUCUUUGGGGCCAAAUGCGUUAUAAAAUCUUUCUCUCCCAAUUCCAAAGAACCGUUUGAAUGCUACAAUGUGUCAGAGAUUGAGGCUGGGCUUGGAUUGAAGAGGAAACACCUAAUAGCUAUCGCUCUUUUGGUUGGAAAUGAUCAUGAUACGAGUGGUGUUCAAGGGAUUGGACUUGAUAGCGCUCUUCGUUUUGUUCAAGCGUUUAGUGAAGAUGAUGUAUUGAAUAGAUUACAUGAGAUAGGCAACGGGAAUGCUUUUCAAGUUCCUAUCGACGUUAAACCUGAGGACAAUAUGGAUAUUGAUGGGAACUCCCCAAGUUCAAAACAACCUCACUGCUCAUUCUGUGGUCAUCCAGGCAACAAAAGAGAUCAUUCGAAGUCUUCAUGUAAAUUUUGUGUCACAGAUGACAAUGAAGGUUGCUUGAAAAAAGGAGAAGGUUUUAAAUGUGAUUGUAACUCUUGUGGUAUGAAUAGGAAAAAUAAGGAGCAGAAAAAGAUUGAAAAUUGGCACACAAAAAUUUGUGACAAGAUUGCAAAGGAGCCAAAUUUUCCAAAGGAUGAAAUCAUUGCUAUGUAUUUAUGCAAUGAUAAUGGUUACUUUUCUGCAAUUGACGGCCCUAAGAUCUUAUGGGAAAGACCGAAAAUUGAGCUACUGAUAGAUUUUUUGAACUUCCAUCAGAACUGGGAUCCGUCUUACAUUCGACGGAUAAUGUUUCCUAUGAUGUCCACCAUCUUCUUGAGAGAAAUGGCUUCAACAACUACUACUGAUAGUUUGUUAUUUGGACAGUUUGAGUUUAAUUCUUUAAAACGUGUGAAGACGAGAUACGGAUAUCAGAUUUAUGUCGUAAAGUGGAAACGCGCGAUGGGUAACAUUGCCUCCAAAACUCUUUCAAGUCAAUCUGGCACGCAAGAAGAUGUUAUAGAGGUUGAUGAUGACACAGUGGAUCUACUCGAUGAUUGUGAUUUUCCCGUGAUUUGCGAAGAAGAUGGGUGUAGUUUUCUGUUGACAGAUGAAAAUAUGGACCUUGUUGGAGCUGCUUAUCCAGAAGAAGUGAAAAGGUUUUGGCAUGAGCAGGAACUGAAGGACGCGAAAAGGAAAAAGAAUCAAUCUUCAAAAUCUCAAGAAAAUGAAAAGUCGGCAACAUCACCAAACUCGAAAGGCGUCCAGCUAAAUAUUACAGAGUUCUUCCCAACGACCAAAAGUAAACAUAAUUCAAAACACGGAGAGGAGUCAUCAUCGAGAAAAAGUGACAGUCCUGACAGCGGAGGCUCAAAAGUGAAGCGGAAAUCGUCAAGUCCUAAUAUUCCGAAAUCUGUUAGGCGUCGCCUUUUGUUUGAUGACUAG